CCAUGGGGUCUUGAGAAGAGAAGCUUCUCGUUGACACAACUGUCCCCAUCAUCACAGGGCUAUAUGACCUUUGAGGAUGUGGCUGUGUAUUUUUCCCGGGAGGAGUGGGGUCUCCUUGAUGAGGCUCAGAGAUGGCUGUACCAUGAUGUGAUGCUGGAAAUCUUUGCACCUACAUCCUCACUGGGUUGUUGGCAAGGAGGAGAAGGUGAGGAGAUGUCUUCUGAGCACCAUGUUUCAGUUGAAGUGUCACAGGCAAAUACUCCAAAAACCCAUCUUCCCACCCAGAAGCUAUAUCCCUGUGAGAUGUGUGACCCAAUCUUGAAAGAUAGUUUGCCCCUGUCUGAGCACCUGGGAGCUAACCCUGGGCAGAAAUUAUAUACAUGUGAAGCCUGUGGAAAACAUCACCAACAACAGAAACAGCAACAUGGAGAGGAACCUUUCAGGAUGGACAGGGCCUCCUUUGUGAAGAGCUGCAGGCUCCACAUGUCAAAGAAGCCCUUCCCAUGCUGGAAAUUUGUGAAGGACUUCCCGGAGAGCUCAGGCCUUCUCCAGCACCAGGUCACUCACAGCAAAGAGAAGCCACAAAAAGACACUGAGUAUGUGGAGGCCUUUCACAGUGGACAAAGGCAUUACAAGUGUAGCGAAUGUGGGAAGGCCUUUAAUUGCAAAUAUAGACUUGUCCUGCACCUGAGAGUCCACACUGGAGAAAGGCCUUAUGAGUGCAGUGAAUGUGGGAAAGCCUUCAGUUACAAACAUAUCCUUGUUCAGCACCAGAGAGUCCACACUGGAGAAAGGCCUUAUGAAUGCAGUGAAUGUGGGAAGUUCUUUAGCCAAAGUUCCAGUCUUGUUGAACACCAGAGAAUUCACACUGGAGCAAAGCCUUAUGAAUGCAGUGAAUGUGGGAAAUUCUUUACCUCAAACUCCAACCUCAUUAAACACCAGAGAGUUCACACUGGAACAAGGCCUUAUGAGUGCAGUGAAUGUGGGAAAUUCUUUAACCAAAGCCCUAGCCUCAUUAAACAUCAGAGAGUUCACACUGGUGAAAGGCCUUACGAGUGUAGUGAAUGUGGUAAAUUAUUUCUCCAAAGCUCUAGCCUCAUUAAGCAUAAGAGAGUUCACACUGGAGCAAGACCUUAUAAAUGCCUUGGAUGUGGGAAAUUAUUUAGCCAAAGCUUUGGCCUAACUCAACACCAGAGAAUUCACACAAGAGAAAGACCUUAUGGGUGUAAUGAGUAUGGAGACUCUAUCCAAAACACCCAACUUAUUCAGCACCAAGAACUUCACACCAAAGACUUGAUGUAUGUAGUUCAUGUAGGAAAGUCCUUAGUCAGUUCUCUGAUCUGAUUCAGCACCAGAAACUACACAACCCAGAUAGGCUUUAUGAAUGCAGUGAAUGUGGGAAACUCUUCAUCCAAAAGUCUAACCUCAUUUAACACCAGAAAGUUCAUGCUGUAGAAAGCCCUUAGAAUGAGAUGAAAAUAUCAGGGAGUGAACUAUUACAUCAUUUAAUAUAAUGGCACACUGGAGAGCCUUUGUGAGGGUAUCAUCAGUGGGAAAUUGAAUGUCCUAUAUCUGAACAAAACAUGGAGAUUUCCUGAGUACUGGUCUUGUGGGACGCUUUUAGGAGCUAUGUUGUACUCUAACCUUCUUAGUUCUCUUUGUAAAUUUUAUGUCACUGAGAGUUUCUGUAGCAGAAGCCCUCUUACUUUUCACAACUUACAGAUCCCCACAGUGUGCAUUAGUCACUCACACAUAAGCAAGAAGGGUAGAGCUCUGUCUUCCAUACCUUGGAGGGAAUCAUGAGUAGCCUAGGCCCUUGGGGGUUGUCAUUCCCUUCUGUUUGGUUAGCUAUGGCCUAGAGGACCCAAUCUGCAUUCUACUGUCAGCUUGCAGAGCAAGUUUACCUUCUUCAGGAGCAUUGUUGGUCUUCUGAUGCUCACAAUGGAUUUUUCCAGCCUCCAGAUCAUCUUAUCUGGAACUGCCUGUUUCACUUUGCUCUGGUUUGUGCAAUAAUAAAGGCCUUAAUGUUUAAGCCACCUUUAAUCUUGGGGUGUCCGUUCACUGUUUGGGAUAGGAUUGAGAACAGAAUUGGGCUCUUCCGGCAUGAGGCAGUGAACAGGUUUUGUAGGCAUCCCAGACUUCAUGUGUCUCAGGGGAAACAGUAUGAUGGCAGAGAGUAGUUUCCACUCCAAUUUUUUUUAACCUAAAUUGUACUGCUGCCUAAGCUCUCUUGGAAUAGGCUGCAGGGCUUGUGUGACUAAUCUUGUGACCUGGAUGCCAGGAUGCUUUGUGGGGCUUAGAAGUCACCCUAAAGUGGGGGCAGUU